AUGGCUAAAAAUUUUGGUACUAAUAGAGCUUUUGGUCAUACUGCUUGGGGACUUCAAAUCGGCGGCACCAAUUAUUAUAUUUAUGCUGCGUUACAAAUAAUAUCAACAGUCAAGAAUGAACCGUAUAAUGUACCUCAAUCAUACUCACUUAGUGAUACUAUUAAUAUAUUGACAGCAUAUAAUGCCCCAGGAAUACCACCUUUUACAGAUUUACCGUCAUCAUAUAUUCCGAAUUCUUGGUUUGAUAAUUUACCUUAUGAAGGUAAUUCAAAAUAUGGUCAAAUUUUGAAGCUUGUUGUUGAUAUAUUUAAACUAAAUAUAUCAAUCAGGUCUUGA